UAACUAAAGGUACUAACUAAAACCAUUAGCGUUACUAACACACCACCAGUGAGUGAGGCCUCGAUCAGAGCCAGAAGGCAUCAGCGAAAAAGUCAUCCACCAUUGGAGGAGGAAAAAUCUUCGAUGUUCAAUAAUUUUCUUCUAUUACUUCUCUAACAUAAAGUAUCGCCAAAAAAGUACCAAAACAACUAAACAAACAAAUCAAUCUAAAGUUGCAGCCAAUAAAAACGAACAUUGUUGACUAUACGUUGCGUAUCCGUGGAGUAACAAGUUUUUUAGUUUAUCGAAAAACAGUUUGUGUGUCGUGUAAAUAAGAACAGAAACGAAACGAAUUUUUUUGUCUUCAGCCAAAUCGAAAAUCAAGAAAUAAAAAAAGUGAAUCAAAGCAGGCUACCAUUGCACCUGGCUUUAUGUUUGCUGUUUUUUUUUUCAACAUGAGCCUUCGCAAAGCACAGAAAAAGUAAAACACACAAAAAAAAAUGAAAAAUAGUAUCCAAUCGACGGAAAACCACCGCCUGUGAGAAAGCCUGGAUUUUCCAGCGCAAGCACACACAUACACACACAAAGCAACAAGAAUGCCUGAUUGUUGGGAAAUGGUCUACAGCGAAUAAUAAACACAUAAAAGUAUCCAAUCAGCGAAAAAUAAAUAGCGACUGAGUGACUGACGAAGAAUGAGUUGACUUCUGAUUGAAACAAAAAUUAUUAUCCCUCGUCGUCUGGGAGCAAUCGACCACCGGAAUUUGCGGGAUCAGCAAAAACGGGCCAACCUCCGCCCUCGCAGCAAAGGCAGCGGCGAAACGAGCAAAGUGGGAUAGACAGGGGUCGCUCGCAAAAAACCAUGGAAGAAAGAUGAAUUAAAAUGCGUAACCACCACACAUUCGUCCUUAAAUAAACAUCGAAUUUUUAAGCAAAAGAAAAGCUAACGAAAAAAAACAAAAGGAAAAUUUCCCAGGAGGAAAGAAGGGGGGAUCAAGCGUACCGCUCGGAAUCUUUUUUGUUCUGUUGAUAAGUGAUGUUAAGCAUAUGAUAUAUUCCUUACUGUUGAGACGAUUUUUAAUGGUAACAAGCAGUUGUUUAAGUGAAAAAUAUAAUGAAACAUCAGUGGAUCGUUGAACGCAGGGACAGCGAAAAACGUGAAACGAACCCUAAGGGCUGAACCUUGGAAAGUGAAAGCAGCGAAAUUACAAGUGCGAUUAAUCGUCAGUGUUGUCCGACACGAUAUCAACACGCACGAGUGGUCCGAACGGGUGAUACAUGAUACACGAGCCCAGUUUGGGUUCGGGUUCGGCUUCGGUAUCGACUUCGGGUUCGUGUUGUGCCUAGGGUUGUUUCCAAAACAGACAGUUAUCGUUACUGAACACCCCUUGCUGUUGUUACCAUCGUCAUCGCCGUCGUUGUUGUUGCCGUUGCCUGGCGUCGUGUAGCAGCGUAUCCUUCCAUUCACCACCACCACCACCACCGUCAGUAAAACUUAUCACCCCUCAUCCAAGCAAUCUAACCAACUGCGGCAAAAAUGGGUGACGAUAGGAAUAACAAGAAGAUUCUGCAAAAUAUAAAAAUGCCAGAGCAGAGCAACGACUACCGAGUGGUGGUGUUUGGUGCCGGAGGUGUCGGAAAGAGUUCACUAGUUCUCCGGUUCAUCAAAGGAACGUUCCGGGAAAGCUACAUCCCUACCAUCGAGGACACCUACAGACAGGUGAUUAGCUGCAACAAGAACAUAUGCACUCUUCAAAUUACUGACACGACCGGGUCCCACCAGUUCCCGGCCAUGCAGCGGCUCUCCAUCACCAAGGGUCAUGCCUUUAUUCUAGUUUACUCGGUAUGUUCCAAGCAGAGCCUGGAGGAGCUUAAACCCAUUUGGAGUUUGGUUCGAGAGUUGAAGGGUGAAGAAAUUUCCCAGAUACCGGUAAUGCUGGUGGGAAACAAGUGCGAUGAGCCUGAGGAACUUCGGGAGGUGACCAACAUCGAAGGCCAAACGGAAGCUGCCACCUGGGGGAUCUCGUUCAUGGAAACCUCAGCCAAGGAGAAUCACAACGUCACCGAGCUUUUCCAGGAAUUGCUCAACAUGGAGAAAAAUCGAAACGUGUCGCUGCAGCUGGAUGGUAAAAACAAAAAGAAAAACAAGAAGAAAAUGAUGAAGGAACAAGCCAAGGAGGAAAAACUGUUGAAAGAGAAGAAGGAAAAGGCGAAACAACAGGCUAAAGAGAAGGAAAAAACACAGCAGAAGGAGAAAGAAAAAGAGAAACCAAAAGAUAAGGCUAACGGGACAAGUAAGAAGGAGGGAGCAGCUGCUGCAGCGGACGGUGGAGCCGAAGGGGAAGGUAGCGCUAGUCUUAAGGAGAAAUGCAAAGUGAUGUAAUACUGUUGAUAUGUACACGUACACACACCAUUGAACGAGCUGAGAGGGAAAAAACAAAACUAACAAGCAAACAAACAGAACAACAAAUAAUCGAAUAAAAUCGUACCGUAAAAGCAAGAAA